AUGGGUGCGUCCAGUACAGCAAGGCUGCCAUCACUGGGCGCGCAGUCCAUCCCACCGCUCUUCAGCCAUCUACAGCACACCUCGAACGCAAAAGUAAUCGCGCGAUGGAGCAUCACCAUCCGCUCAUUUCGUGCUGUACCUGUUCCGACCAAUGCAUGGCCGUCUUCUGACCAGUAUGACUCUUCUUUCGCUCGAGAUUCAUUCGACACUGAUGACCUCUCCGGAAGCAACAAUGCCUACGCUUCUUCCUCUUCCGGCUCGAAUCAAAUCAGUAACAUUGGCGGUACUUCUUCGGCAACAGGAGGAUCAAGCUCAUCCGCAUCAGGUGCACCGCCACUCACCAAGCCGAGGACGAUGUGGCAGGUCUGGCUAUCAGAUCAUCCUGGCGUGGUGUUUGUGAUUGUAGAGGACACUGGCAGACCUUCGCGAGCGAAAGCUUGGCGUGAUUGGGAGGUGUCGACCAAGAAAUGGAAGAAUUUGAAACGGCGUGAGAUUGAGGCUCGUCGCAAGCAGCAGCACAAGACUUGGCCAGAAGCCGUGAAAGAGGCUGAGCAGCAACACGAUGAAUCGAAGGACACAACGACAGGAGCACAGGACAAUACUGACGGCUCAGACAACAAGCCUGCAGCUGUUCCGACCCAGAGCGCAGAAGCCAUAGGAGAGGAUGCAGUGCCGAUGGAUGUAGAUACAGCCACCACAGAGAAGACAGCAGAGACGAAAUCUGCGACGACAUCUGCGACGACAUCAACAUCGACAGGAGAAGUGCAGGCGGGGCCUAAUCCAUCCGCGUCCGCAGAGCAAGCUACUGAAACAGAGCAGCUACAACAAGCAGCAGAAGACAUCAUCGAGACAGCAGGACCAAAACCUAAACUUCGACUCCCUUCUCAUACACGCUAUACUGUAUCUGCCGUCACUUCAUCAAUGUCCGCCAUGUUGACCGGCCUCAACCUUCCGCCACCACAUGGUGCUCCUGCUGGCACAGCUGGCCCAGGCGCAUGGGUCCCGCGAGGUGCCGCAGUCUCGAUCGAAGGCUUAGUCCUUGAAAUCAACAGUCAGAACCUGAAUGCGCUUCCAGGUAUCUCGCCUGCUCUUGCUUCUGUAUCUUCUAUCGACGACACGACCACAGUGUCCCCAAGCAACGGUACAGGUAGAUCUGCUGCGAAUGGUUCAGGCGGAGUAGACUGGAGAGUGCGAGUUGGCAGUGUUAUGGGAGGAGGCGGUCGAAGUGCAGGCGCCAUCGUCGAAGCCGAGUUCUUGCCAGUCUCCACAUUGCUGCCGACAUCAAAGUUCAUGCAUGACUUUUUGCACUCGCUAUUCCCGCCCGGGCUUGUGCCUAUGCCACCACCUGCACCCACAUCUGUUCCCGGAAUGCUCAACCAGAAUGGGUUGCGAGUUUCCGGAGGACUGUCGCAAGCAGCGAGCGCAACAGGGACACCAAGAGCUAUGAAUGCAACACUCGGAUCUGCUACCGGUAUGAAUGGGGAUGGUGCAGUCGCAGGACCGGCUGGUAGGGGAUCAGGCUUCAGCUACACGAUUGGCGGAGGGGCUGGAGCGGGAGCUGCACCUCCUAACCGCCACUUCAACAUUCCAGUCGUGUCAGAUCAGCUGUGGGAAGAAGUGGUUCCGCGCUCCGGCGAAGGCUGGCGGCAACGCAUUGCAAAGCGAUCUUACCAAUUGCGACAAGCAGCUCGUCAGCAACGCAGGCAACGAAAGAAUGCGACGCAGAACCGAGAUCAGGUCUCGAGCGCAGCAGCAAAGAAGCAUAACCCAACUCAAGACGCCUAUGCCUGGCACGCUUUCGGAUCCGACGACGACGCAGAGGCGCACACCAACCGAGACUGGCAAGAUGAAAAUGAAGACGACCUAUCUUCCUCGGCUUCUGAAGCAGAGCAAGCAACCCCCAAUUCAACUGCAGGCGCAUCAGCAGGCGGGUUGCCAGGCGGGUUGCUGGGCACAGCGGUGACAGUGCAGCAAGCGGACGAAGACGACGACGAUGAUGACGAUGACUGUCCAUUGGGAGCGCCUAUCUGGUCAAACGCUAGUCCUAAUUCUGCUGCGCCCAAUUCGGCAAACCCGCUCUCCGGCACUCCGGCAACAGCUCCCGAGUCAGUGCAGACAAAGAAGGAGGACACUGUCCAGCUCAUCUUCCAAGGUCUGAGACCGGAUCAAGGAAGCGAAAGUGCCGCAGAAGCCGACGGAUGGACUGGCAUCGAAAGAGGAAGAAGGAUCGCCUUUCAGUAUGUGCAGAUGCUCAGGGCCGAAGGCAUCAUCUAG